AUUCUGAUAUUUUAUAAAAAUUUACAUAUUAUUCUUCAAUUUCGAUCCCUAACUCGGAAAAUUUAUGCAAGAACCUCAUAGGAUUGUCGCUUAACCAUCUACAGCGAUCUUCAAUUCCGGGCGAGGCCGACCGUGGUCAGAUCAAUGCUUAUUGAAUAAUCAAUGGUCGUGAUUGAUCCGGUAUAUGAAGCGAAUCCCUUCGGGGCGGGGGUGGAAUCGGGAGUUGGUCUAAGAUAAAAGGAAACUUCCCUUGCGAAUCCUUAUUUCACCUUGGCGUCAACCGCCGGAGUUAAUACCGCACUGACUGUGAGACGGGUGAAGACAUAAACAGAAACCAUAGCUCCAACACUGACCACUCAACUCUCUCUCCUCUCCUCUCUCUCUUUCUCUCUCUAACUCCCACGCCCACGCCCACGCCCUCACGUUCACAAGUUCAGGCGCAGGGGAGCAGCAAAGCAAUGCGCAUCUCGACGAAGGGCGGCACCGGCACCGGCACCGGCAACGGCAAGCAGAGGAGCAGCAGCAGCGAGAACUGGGACACGGGCUUCCUCCUCGUCUUCUUCCCGGAGGAGGAGACCCACCACACUCCUCCUCCUCCCCCCAGCAAGCUCUUGCCCUGUUCCCCGUCUUCCUCCUAUACCCCUUCUCCGUCGCCCUCCGCCGCCGCGAGAUCGAGCAAUGGGUACGGCGUCUCCCCCUCGUCUUCAUUCAGGCGGAGCAGCUCCUACCGCCUCCUCGCCAAGGCCCAGUCCACCAUCUCCAUCUGCGCCCUCCUCGUCUUCAUCACCCUCCUCGUCUUCACUCUCUCCACCUUCGAGCACGCCUCCACCCCCGUCACCGCCCCCCGGAGAUUCCUCUCCCAGACCGCCGGAGCCCGCUCGCCUCCCGGAUUCCGCUUUUCGAACUUGUGGGGUCAUUCCAAUUUCACGAAGCCACAGUUCGCGCUGCAGGGGAUGGGCACUCUGUAUCGCAGAGGCACCAGGGCCAUGAACGACCUCGUCGUCGCCCACGUGACGGAAACCGCCACGGAAGACGAAGUUCGCCUCUUCUUGAGAGCUCUUCAUCGGUCCGCUCUCAUGGCGAGGGCGGAUUUGGUCCUGAUCCUCUCCUCCAGGUCCCCAGGAUUCGAUGCCGUAAUUCGCGAAGAGAACGACUCGUUCUUGCGGCUGGUCCUCCGUUACGGUGAGCUGAACGGGCCCUCUGCCCGGAAGCGGACGCCAUUGGGCGGUUUCGACGUGACCCAGUUCGUCAGGCCGGUCAAGUCGAAAGAGAAGGAGGUUGCCGAGCCGUUAUGGGGCAAGAGGAUGCGGAGCAAUUACAGCGAUAGUGACGGUGAGGGCGAAUUGACUCGUCUGAGUUACGGGUCGGUCGUGAGCUUCGAAGCGGCGGAGCUCGAUCCGGAGAACUCGCUCGCGGGGUUUCUAGACCACGUUCCGAUGAGCCUGAGGAGGUGGGCAUGUUACCAGAUGCUGCUCGGCCGGGUCCGCCGGAACUUCAAGCACGUAAUGCUCGUGGAUGUGAGGAGCUCGGUCGUGCUCGGCGACCCGCUCGGCCGGGUCAGGUCCCGGAGCCCGGAAUCAGUCUACCUGCUCAACAAACCCGACGGCAAUUCCCCCCGGCACGGGCGGAAGAACUCGGACAAGAACCAGGGCGGUCACAGCCCGGUCAACUCGGGGAUGAUCAUGGGCGGGGCGAGGGGCGUGCGGAGGCUCGCGGCCGCAAUGCUGACCGAGGUUGUCCGGGCAGCCAUGCAGCACAAGAAAAAGAGCUCGGUCACCGAGUCGGCGGUGCUGAGCCAACUCGCCGGCAACGAGUUCCUGCUGAGGAACGUGGAGCUGGUCAGGGCGAACGAGCCGCCGGCGCCAGAGCCGGGCUCAACCGGCAGCUCGAGCUCGGAAUUUGCAGUCAUUCAACGGGGUAACAGUCUCAGUGGCCUAAUCAUGAAGCAAAUAUGUUCAUGUGAAACAGAUUCUUCUGUGUAUAAGGAUUGUUAGCAGUAAGUCCCGAAAUAAAAUUUUCCAUCAAAGUAAACAGUUCAAAGGAAAUAGAAAUUAUAGAUUUUUCGCCUUUUUUUUUCGGGUUUUUCUGCAAAUUUCCAAUGCAAAAAAACCAUAUUAGUUUGUGUUCUUAAAUUGGCUUCACCUGUGUAUAUGAAAUUCCCGAAAGGAAAAUUGCUUUUGUUCUCCUUUUACAAUUUAUUGACCGA